AGUGACACGUCCGAAUAUAAACAACGACAGGAUAGAGCUCUAGCAACUAUAUACUACGGUAUUGAUGAGCAAUACAGGACUUUGAUAUCUUCAACUGCAUCCAAAGCGUGGAUUAUACUCAAGGAACAAUUUGAACAUGUUUCCAGAGCAUCUGCGAUACGAUUAUUAGAUGAAUUUUUCUUUAUUAAGUUCAUUCCUGACAUUGAUAGUAUUGCAGUAUUUAUUGACGGAAUUCGAGAGAUGGUUAAAAGAUUGAAAGAUGUUGGACAUCCAUUAGACGAUAUGUUCAGUGAUUUCCAAGCAAUCAGGACGCUUCCUCAGGAGUUUCAAGGUUGUAGGUGUCCUUUUCCUUGCCACUGGCUUAAUUAACUGUGAUAGUUCUCAAACUAUUAAAGGAGUGCAUAAACAUACUUUUCUUAUUUAUACUGAGAGUAGAAGCAAGACAAAGGACAAAGUGUUUCCCAGCAGCGGUGCUUCUACAUUUGGACUCGGCAAUAUAGAAUGGCCGAAUGAAGAAUACGAAGCAAUGAAGUGGCCUUUCACUAAAUCGGAUAAUACAAAAAAAAUUAUCAAAAAUUCCGAUAGCUUAAAAUGGUCAAAUAUCGGAUCUAGUCCUUUGGAAUGGUCUGAUAUGGGAUCUCUGAAUCAAAACAAGCAAGAUGACACCGAAAAGAAUCCUGAAACAAACAUUAAACCAACCGAACAAUUUGAUAUGAGGAAGUUAAUUUUGGAAAUAGAAAAAAAUAGACCUACUGCUACACCUAACAAUGUGAAACAGCAACUUAAGGGAGUGGGAAAACUAAGACCAAAUGUUGAUUCUGAAAACAUGAAAAAGGUGUUAACAGGUGUUGAAGAACUGCCACGAGAAGAAGAAAUCGAAUCUGAAGAAGACGACGACUCAUACCAAGAAGAAAAUGACAAAGACCAACAGAUCACAUUCAGAAAUAUAAAAACUAAGAAACCAAUGGGUCACAGUUCCCCAUCUUUUUGCCCAGAAGAUACGUUAUAUCUGGAACACAUAAUUGGAAUGAGGCCAAUAAAAUACAAAUUUGUAGAGAGCGGUACAGUUGGAAAUGAAAAUCAAAAUCAACAUGGGGAAAGGAGCCGACAGCAGAGCCCUCUUUCCAGAAUUAAGAGCAGCGGUACUCGAAAUGUACGAUUCAGAAACGAAAUUCGUCCAACCAGAAGAUCUCUUAUACAGAAGCUUCGCACCCUUUCGAUUUUCCGUAACUAAUAAAAGUUGUUUUAAUUAGAAAUUUUAUACUGGAAGCCAUGCAAUUACAAUCGAUAAAAAUUGGCAUCAACUCGAAAGAUUUGCAUUCCUUCCAUGUCGUUCAAAUUAUUUACAGGAGCAUAGAAUCUUUGGAGUUAGGAAUUAUUCCCCUGGAACAGUGCAAUAGCGAAUGCCACCAACUAGUUUCUGCAUCUUUGGAAUCAAAAUAUACGGAAAGGGCAAUUCUUAACUCUAGCAAACAAAAACCAACCACGAAUAUCGACCCAACCGUUCUAGAGAUUCUAAAAAUCACAGACUAUUUCUAUCCGAACCUUCAACAAUUAUUUCACAUAGACUGGGAUUUUUACAUUGCUGGAAACGAAGCUCACGAUUACAUUACAAGCUUCAAGCUGGAAUUUAACGUUUUAUUAGGUAUAUUAUAUAGUUGCAGCUAUGCCUACUGUGUAACAGCCAUAGAACUAUACUACAGGAUACUUUUAAAUUUUCCAUCAUGCUCAAAGAAUGAACUUCACAGGAAGAAUAUUUACUCAAAAAUACGAGAGUGGGGAAGAAAGACGAUAUUUAAUCAUGCGGCACGAUUCUUUUAAAGAUGAUUCUUUACGCAAUGCAGACCAUUUUGCCACUGGUAUCGUUUGAUGGCAGAUGCAUUCAAAAGACUCCUGUAUCAUUUUCUCACAAGUAUUAUCAUGAAUGAAUAUCAGCGAAUGGGAAGCCUCAAUGUGCUGAUAUUCAAAUAGAAUCAAAGUACUUUCAGCCGUCUUGCUUGAUAAGAAGAAAUUAAAAGAAGGGGACCCUCAGAAAAAAAAAGUUCUAGAUAUUAAACGCGCAGUUUCAUGAAAUGCGAUCUCUACUCGUGACUCCGUUUUGUACGUAACUACUUGACCCAUCAAUAAAGGAGCAGCAGCAGUUGCUUUAGCAGAGUACUGAGAUGCCUACCGGAAAGGGUUUCGUAAGUAACGAUGUUCAACUACCAAUCUUUCUGUUUUAAUGUGUCGCUUUCAUCAAUAGCUGCUGUUUCAGUCGAUAGUUCUGAAUUUUAUCCACUUUUAUUUAA